AUGUCCUUGCCUGCUAGAGAUGCACAAGGGAUCUCGAUCAUAUCAUGUCAACAGUGUAGGGAGAGAAAAGUGAGGUGUAGCAGACAUAUACCUAGGUGCCGGAGCUGCGAUAAGAGAGAGUAUGUUUGCCGAUAUCCGCAAACUCAUAGAAAAACAAGUACAAAGCUUACCAAAAAGCGUCGGAGUGAAAAUACUCGAUUUUAUGGCUUUAGCUCAGUUAACAAAGCUCUCUUCGAGGUCGGAAUGCCGUUUUGUAAUAUCGAUUCCGAGCUCGAGAGCAAAAAUGCACCUAGCCAAAUGAGGCGGUUUAUGUCCUCAUCAGUGUACGACAGGUGUAUCAAGAACCCAGAAAUUGCUGUAGAUGCUGUCAGGAGCAUAAAAGACAGUAUAGGUUGCUUUUUAUUCUCUGAGGCAAUGAACUUAACCGGGUUAGAAGAGACACUUCUAUCUAAUGGUAAUAUUGACUACCAAUGCUUGCUUCUUUUAUAUUCCGCCAUAGUGUUUUCGGAACGAUUUGAAAAAUUCUCUCCCGAAGUUACAAGCGUCGUCAAUGAACUAAAUACUGUCUUAGACGACUGCCCAGAUUGUCCUGAAAAAGUCGUGUCAUUAAUUUUAUUGGCAGAUUAUUACCACUACAAAUUGAAAAUCGAAACUGCAUGGAAAUGCACAUUUCUUGCUACAUCAAUCGCAUACGCCUUGGGACUUCACCUCUCUUCUUCAAAGGUCUGGUCGAUGUUAGUUCUACACGAUGCGCUGCUAUGCUCGGUAGUUGGCCGCCCAUCAUCAAUUAAAUGGGUAAAUCCGAAACUUGUUGGCCGUGCUUGCAACAACUGGGGGGAAAUAGCUCUACUGUUGCGGGAAGCUAAUGAUAUUUUGCUUGUUUCCUACAAUUGGACUAUAGAGAAAGUAAUUUCGUUAGAUUUCCGCUUCAAUGACCUUAUUGAAAGAGUCAAAAAGGAUAUGAAAGUUUCAUCUGCUGUGAAUGAUGCAAGGGAUACCCUAUCGUGGUAUCUGAAGCUUUGUAUCUUAACGGCAAGUCGGAUCAAGCUCAUAUAUCCUGUUUGUUCAAGAUAUGAGGCGCUGAAGCCUCAGCUUGACCAAAAUUGUAGCGACCUAAGUCAAUGUCUUCGUGGAAUUUUUGGGCUACUGACUUCUAGCAAACUAGCAACCAAGGAAAACCCGUACUACCUCAGAUCCCAAUGUUUUUUGUCAUAUUGCAGCAUAUUUCAAGGCCUUCUUUUAGAACUUCACUUUUGCUCUACACAGGUCACUUCUGGAAGCGCCGGGUCUCUAGAAAAAGAGAACAAUUUCCCUUUGCCACAAGGGACAAGUUCAGCUGUCAGUCAACCUUGCUCUUUGACCAAUAUUUCAGUACUACUACAGGAAUACGAUCGAGUUUCAGACAGCGUGAAACUUUGUUCAUUCAUGUUAGAUGUUUUUACCUCUUUUAGAGUUUUGAUCAGCAAAAAAGAAGGAAAGGGAGCAUACGAGGAGUCUUUCAAUACUAGCGUUUCGCCCAUUGGUUUAACAGAAGAGUCCAUCUCGAAUUGCUCUAGUUUUUCGGAAAGCCCUAUCAAUGUUGAGCCAUCGGGAAACUCCCUUUCAUGGAUUACUGGGGAUAUGGCCGACUGGAUUACAGCAUGCUUUUCAGGCGAACCACCUACUUUCUAUGCCCCGGAAAACCUUGAUUAA